AGGGGAGUUGAGAAUGAGCUCGUCUUUUGACUCUUCCCAGGAGGCGGUGACUGAUGCAAAAUUCCAACAGGAAAAGGUCAAAAACCCUAAAAUGUUGACGGAGUCAGUGCAAAACGAGGGGAAGGAAGCAGCCGGCGACUUAUUCUCUUCUGAUGCCACCACGUCAAACCAGAGGGGGUCGUUGUCCACAGCUCUGCCCUAUUCUGCAGAUGCAUCCACCGCCAGCACUCUGAUGUUGUCAUGUUCAUCUGAGAGUGGUGUGCCUCCUCGAGCAACUUCCACUCCCAUCAAGGAGUGUGGCAACUUAGCGUUCGGCGACCUUUCAACCAUUCCAUCUCAUUCAGAGAAGUCCAAUGCAAAUCUAGAUGACACAUGUUUUUCGGUGGAUGAGAUGCCGAACUAUGAUGGGGAAUGACUACUUCAACGUAAGAUGUAGUUUCCUUAGAGCACCACAAUUUUCUGAAGUAUUAUAGCGAUAGUUGAACCG